AAGCGGAAAAAAACCCGCCGUAUGCCGACAGGAGUCGAGACGCCUUCUCAGGCAAUACGCGCGGGGCGCGAGGGCCGGGAGGGGCGCUCGGCGGGAGAGGGCAUCCAGCAGGCAGCCUUGCCGGCGGAGGCCCCCGGGAGCGGCGGCGGCGGCGGCGGGAGCGGCCAUGUCGCGGCGGCGCGUGCCGGUGGUGGACGUGCAGAGCGACAACUUCGCGGAGCUGUGGCCCUCCAUGGUGCUGGCCCUGCGCACCGCCACCUUCGUCGCCGUGGACACGGAGCUGAGCGGCCUCGGCGCCAGGAAGUCGCUGCUGAGCCCGUGCAUCGAAGAGCGGUACAAGGCCGUCUGCAGCGCGGCCAGGACCCGCUCCGUCCUGUCCCUCGGCGUGGCCUGUUUCAAGCGGCUCCCGGAGAAGGUGGGUGCGGGGGCCGCAGGGCGGCCCUUCCCUCUUGUUCCCGGGUUCCUGGGCUUGCCCCUGGGCUUUGCGGCAGCUCCCGCCCCUGUAUCGCUGUGCCCCCUGUCCCCCUGCAGUCGGAGAACACGUACCUCUGCCAGAUCUACAACCUGACGCUGCUCUGCACCGAGGACUAUGUCGUCGAGCCCCAGUCGGUGCAGUUCCUGGUGCAGCACGGCUUUGACUUCAACAAGCAGUACGCCCAGGGCAUCCCUUACCACAAGGGCAACGACAAGGGCAACGAGGCCCAGAGCAGGAGCGUUCGGACUUUUUUUCUGGAGCUCAUACGAGCGAAGAAGCCUCUCAUUCUCCAUAAUGGCCUGAUCGAUCUGGUGUUCCUGUACCAGUGCUUCUAUGCUCACCUCCCAGACAACCUCGGCACCUUCACCGCUGAUCUCUCGGAAAUGUUUCCAGCAGGAAUAUACGACACCAAAUAUGCUUCAGAGUUUGAGACUCGCUUUGUAGCAUCCUACCUGGAGUACGCUUACAAGAAGUGCAAGCGAGAGAACUGCAAGCUGAAGGACUCCAGCGGGCAGCACCUCACCAUUGAGUUCUGCAACUACCCAGACAACAUGUCCCAUUAUAUCGACUAUCGCCACUGCUCUCUGGAAGAAGAAAGCCACAACGUGGGAGGGGGAAAUAAGGUGCCCGUCUGCGAGAAAUUUUCAGCCUAUGGCUGGUGUCCAAAAGGCGUGAAGUGUCCACAGUCUCAUAACAUUGACUUCAUAAUUGAUGAGGACGACAAGCUUUGGGAGGAGAAACGGAAGAAACGGAAGCACAAAUGGAAGCGUCGGAAGAACACAGAAGAGCCUGCAAAGGUGUUUGAACAGGAAAGCUCAGGGAAAGAAAUGGAGCUAUCUCAGAAUGGGGAGGAGGGACCACCACGAAAACAGAGCUGCUACGAGCCUGCAGCUGCCUCAGAGCUAGCAGAGAUGACAGCCAACACUGAGGGCAGGCCGCUGGAGGAGAACUCCAUGGACAUAGAAGCAGAGGUCAGCUCAGACACCAGCACACAACGGGAAGAGGGUCUGGGGAGCACUGAAGGAGCUGCUGCCCAGGUAGCAGCUGCUGUGAGCCCUUCUGCCAAGGGAAAUGCCUCUGACAGUGACCAAGUGGAGGGAAAGUCAGAGGUUCCCACUGGCAUGGGCUCCGUCCAUCACCCAGACAACCCCGAGACUGAAGCAGGACAUGCUGCAGGAAAGGAAAAGGAAAGCUACGAUCCACCUUCACAGGGGGGCACACACCGAGCUGGCUUUGACGCAUUCAUGACUGGGUAUAUCAUGGCUUAUGUCUGGAUGCUCAAGAAAGGAACAAACACAGACACUGAUGCAGGGCCCUGGUUGCCAGACUGCCACAAUAAACUGUACCUCAGUGGGAAAUCGGUGCCGCUUCAAAUAGUGAAGAGCUUGUUUUCUAAAUCUUCCAAAGCUCACAGCCAGAAGAUGAAGUUGGCCUGGGCCAGUGGAUAGAGCUAGAGGACUCCUCACUGAACUGGGUUGUUUUUUUUCCCUUCAAGUUUUUAAGUUCUGUAUUCCAUCUGGAACUGACCAGAAGGGGAGCAAGUUUCUUACUCGUGCUUUUGUUUUAACUUCUGAUUGAUUAAAUUGCUCUCAAUUGGA